AUGCCUCCCACACCACUGGUAAAGGUGAAGGAUUUCCCUGGACCUCUAGCUGGACAUGGGCACACGAACAGAGUGGCAACCAGCGCAAGACGCGGCACAAGGGGGAGAACGCGGCUCCUUCUUCCCACGCACGCCAGGAACAGCAAGGAUUCACCUAAUGGAGCACUGGUAUCUACUAAGAGCAGCUCCCUUCCUGCUCCCCGGGCUGCCCAGCUAGGCCGGAUAACGCAGCGCGUGGGGAAGCUGAGCCCAAACAGCGGCACGAGAAGCAGCAGCAUGGCCCCAGGGACACCAACAGCGGCGCUGUGCGGGGCCACCGGCCACCUCCGCCACCCAGGAAGCCGCUCUGGCUCCAAGGGAAGGGCUUGUCCUGCAGAACGGAAAGGCAGCGAAGAGGCCCCCGCGCCGGGUCCCCCAGAGCCGCCAACGGCCGCCAACGGCCGCCAACGCGCGGCGCUGGCCGAGCUGCGCCUGCUGGCCGGCGUGCUGCGGCGGGCGCAGUGCCUGCGCCGCUGCAAGCAGGGCCUGCCCGCCUUCCGCCAGGCGCAGCCCACCCGCGAGCUCCUCGACGACUUCCAGCGCCGCGAGCCCUACAAGUACCUGCAGUUCGCCUACUUCAAGGCUAACAACCUUCCAAAAGCUAUUGCAGCAGCUCACACAUUUCUUCUGAAGCAUCCAGAUGAUGAAAUGAUGCAGAGAAAUAUGGCCUACUAUAAGACUAUGCCUGAUGCUGAGGAGCAUAUUAAGGACUUGGAAACAAAGCCKUAUGAGAAUCUCUUUGUGAGGGCUGUGAGAGCCUACAAUGGUGACAACUGGAGAACGUCCAUCUCGGACAUGGAGCUGGCCCUUCCGGAAUUCUUCAAGGCCUAUGAUGACUGCACAGCAGCCUGUGAAGGUUCCCGAGAGAUCAAGGAUUUUAAGGAGUUCUAUCUCUCCAUUGCAGAUCAUUAUAUUGAAGUCCUUGGAUGCAAAGUUCAGUGUGAGAGUAAUCUGACCCCUAUUAUAGGCGGCUUUGUUGUCGAGAAAUUUGUGGCAACCAUGUACCAUUACUUACAGUUUGCUUAUUAUAAAUUGAAUGACAUGAAGAAUGCAGCCUCUUGUGCUGCUAGUUACCUUCUGUUUGACCAAAAAGAUGAAGUAAUGAAACAGAACAUGGUCUAUUAUCAAUACCAUAAGGACAAAUGGGGACUAAAGGAAGAAGAUUUUCAGCCCAGAUCGGAUGCAGUUCGAUACCACAACAUAACCACGCUCCAGUUGGAAAUGUAUGAAUUUGCAAAACAGAAUUUGAUGGAUGAUGAUGAGGGUGAAGUCGUGGAAUUCCUUGAUGAGCUCUUAGAAGUGGAGGAAAAGAAUGAAUCCUGAUGAGCGAAGAUAUCAUGAAGUAUUUCACAAAAGUGCUCCCUACUCUUGGUUUUGGUCACCUGUAGUUUCAGUUAGAUAUACCUCAAAGCUGCUCCUUUAGGUGCCAUCGUGUGUCACAAGAUCCACCCCUGAAAGAUCACUGCCGUACUGCACUGACUCUUUCAGGAACGUGGCUCUUCACUGUGUGUUUUCAGAAUUUAUGCACAUGGGUUUUCAUCUUGAACUUUCCUCCCUCACACAAACACAACUGAACAGACUAUUGAUAUUUUCCAGGCUAACAACUAAGAUUCCUCAUUUCAAUGCUAUUCUACUAAGUUACAACAGUGCAGCUAAUUCUGAAGAACUUUCAUCAGAGGAUGAACUGAGGAAGAUAUAACAGUUCCUCUAGACUUUCUAAGCUUUGUA